AUGACCUCCCUGUUUGAGCAUACCAACAAGAAUUUGGUCAAAGAGCUUGGAGGCAAAGACUUGAGGCCCAUCCAAAACCCACUGAGUGCCAACAAAUUCUGUCUCCUGAAUCUACUGCGGCAGAAGAGGAGGACCCUCUCUCAGUUCUGGAAACAACCUGAUGUCCCAGUUGACUGCAUCCUCACGGACAUCCUGGAGCCAAGUCCCUCAGUCCCAGAGCCUGUAGUGACAGGAAAAUUCCUCUUCAGUGACAAAAUGGUCCAGACGGAGGCAGCUGAGGUGGAUGUGACUGCUGGGUUAGAAGUGAGUACGUCAGGGAAGGCUUCCCAGUCCUAUGAAUGCUCCCUGGAGGUUCAGUCUGUUACCAUCUCACCACGCGACUGGGAAGACCUCCAGAAGAGGAAAGUGUUGGAUCAAGAGCCGCCAUUUCUGAAGGCGUGCCGGACCAGAAGGGACAACCUGUAUGUGGUGACAGAGGUUGUGCAACUGAUCAACACAACUGUCUUGCAGGACAGCAGCAGUGUGAAUGGCAAGGGCAAAUUAUCUAUCUCUUGGAGUUUUUAUGUCAAGAGCACAGGAGACGGACUGGGUCUGAAAGUGAGACAGAGGAUGCUGACUCUGCCCCAGGGCACCGUGAUGGCCUAUAAGAGGAAGCAGCUGGUGUUCCAGGAGAAUGGUCGAGCCAUUCUUCUCAUCUCACAUGAUGACAAGCGGAAAACCUUCCCAGGAGAUGCGUUCCUGAGGAAACUGCAGGAGCUGCAGAUGUCACCAGAAAUUCUUUCCAUCUCAGAUGAUGACCCAAGCAGAAAGCCUUUUCAGAACUUGAGUUCCUCAGCAGGGACAAAUUUCAAGUCCCUACAAAAUGAGGUUUCCAGGGAAAUGGAGGCAGUGGCUGAGCUCCCCAGGGACAUUCGAGAUGCUCUUUUCCAUACCAUCCUGGCCAAGCUCAAGGACCAAGGGGCUCUGCAGGACCUCACAGACAUGCUGGAUGGGAACAUUUGGAUUCAUACGGGCAGCUUCCUAAGUGAGACGCAGGAAAACUCAAGAAAUGUGCGGCUUGAGUCAAGACACAUCAUUUACCUCCUUGAAGCCUUCCUGGUGCUGAGUGAUAUCCAACAUGAGCUGCUGGCCUGGUCCAUGGAGAAGAGGAUCCUGCCCCAGCAGCAGGAGCUGGUGAAGAGCAUCCUGGAGCCCACCUUCCUGUACCCCUGCAACAAUCCCUUCACCCUGGAUCCCAAGCUCCUCGCCUCGCUGGAGGAAGAGGGGUUGGCUGUCACCUUUGGCCUGCUGCAGGAGUGUGGUCUGAGUGUGGCACCUGACAACCCCAAGGGGACUUGGGACCUGGAGGCCAAGGAGCCCCUGUCUGCCCUGUACGGGUCCCUCUUGAUGCUGCAGCAACUGGCCGAGGCCUGA